AUGGCAACAUUUACACAAGAAUCUAUCGUCACCGAGCGAUUGAUCCUCCGCAAAAUUCGACCUUCGGAUUCAGAGGCCGUCUUCGGAUUCAUGUCUCUGCCAUCUGUGAUGAGAUACACAUCUCGAGAACCUCUAACCCAAGUCCAUCAAGCAAUUACCUAUCUCUCCGAACGCACUGAGGGCUCCAACAUCUACAACUUUGCCGUCUGCUUGAAGGACCCCACAAACACGGUCAUCGGUCUCCUCGGCAGCCCUUCAUACCCAGAGAUUGGAUACUUGUUCUCACCCACUCAUGCCGGAAAGGGAUAUGCAACUGAAGCCUUGCUUGCAUUCACUCCAGCACUAGAAUGUGCCUAG